GUCAAAAAAUAUGGCGGCGGCAAUUUCAACAUUUGUCAAAGCACCACAACAAGAACAAGAAUGUCCAGUUGGUCGGCGGCAAAAGAGAAUUUUAUAUAUCUGGGUAGCUUUUAUCUAAAAGGAUGUCCGAAACAUUUGAUAAAUUUAAGAUUCUCUUUCUGGUUGACGUAAACCAAGGCAAAUGUGACCAUGACGUGAAAGUUUUAGCCAACAGAAUAUCUCUGUCAGCCUUUCGUAUUCUGACUGCUGUGAGUGAAAAGGUUUUGAAUAAAAAGGUUUCAAAACGAAGUAACAAAAUCCCCCAUUUGCAAUGGAGUUUCAAAAUAUACAACUCGUCACAUUACAAACUGAUGAGACAGGUCAAUCCUUUCAAAGAAUUCAAAAAUCGGUAUUUCGAGGAGUUUGAAAACACAGUAGAGAGGAAUAUAGAAACAGCGAUAGAAGAAUAUGGUCAACAUGUUGAUUCAAAAGGCAAUUCAUCGGGAAAACAAUAUCCUGCUCAAGUAUUGAACAAGGUGCUCAAUGAAAUUGCUUUGGAUUAUCAAUGGGAGGAUCCCGAUAUUUUUUCACCUGUGAAGAGCAGAAGAAAAAACAACAAAAAUGAGCAAACUCGAAAAACUGAAAAUAUAGUGUUUCUGUUCAUAAAUAGCCCAAAAAAUCCUCAUGAGUUGAGACAAUUUUCAGGAAAAGUUGUCCUGGAUGAUGAGAUUUUUUUAGAUUCCUUCAUGCCGCCUGACUUGAUAACCAAACUUUUACACAAUAUAAAAUUGUAUUGGAUAGACACUGACAUAUCAUGUCUAGAUGUGGUUCCUGAAAGCAUACAAUUAGUGGAGACUGCCAUCCAUAAGCUGCAUGGAAGUCUGAUUCCGGUUGAUACCUUAGUUCAAACCAACAGACAAUGUGUUGUCAAUGUCUUCUCCUCACUGCUCUCACUGAAGGAGGCGGGCCCCCCUGGAACCAACGGAUCACCCUCACUGAUGGGCCUCAUCUCCUAUACCUCAGUCUUAGAGUACCACCUCAAGCAGCAACAGGUGAAACAACAGCAGCCCAAGUUAAGAGCAGCAAAUGCAGGCCCAUCUUGUACCAAAUGUCAUCUUAUGUCAAAUGAAAACUCCAUUAUGUGCAGUUUCAAUAUCACCCCUACAAAAGUUUCCACACACAUGAGCAGGUCUCCAAAGAAACACAGAAACAACAAAACAAAAGAAACACAGACCAUACAUGCACAGUCACUUCUCAGCAAUGAAAGCAGCAAUCUGAGCCUUUAUGGAGUUUUACCACUAGAAGAUACUGGGUUCCUGCAGUUUAAGUGUGAGCAGGACUACAUGUGUUCCAGUGAACCAAACAGUGGGGACCCGGGGGAUUCAGUGCCGUUUCUGAGCUUAAUUGAGAAGCUUAUUAAAUCUUCACUAGCUCUGAUCUUGGUGACAGAGAGCAGUCCUGUGCUUUACAUUCUACGACCUUUAACCUCAGAAUCAGCUACACUCAGUGGGCUGUGUCUUGGUGAGACUCUGGUACUGGAGAAAAGAAUUGGGGAAGCAAGUAAGGAGUCCUCCCCUAAAAAGAGGACUCCAACAGUGGAGAAUAAACCAUGGGAUCAACUGAUAGCCAGGGCCAUUCAGCAUAAGAGUCAGUCCAGUGGUACUUCAACUCACCACAAAAACAAUCCUUGCUUUGACCCUAAUGUCCUUGGAAAGACCCAUCUACCUGGAUGUAGACAAGGCCUUGUUUCACUUAUUGAGAAACUGAAUGAUAGGAUAUCACAGCUAGAAUUUUUAAAUGAAGAUGAGGUUCAAAGCUUGAGGGAACUACAGAGGGUAUACAGACAGGAAAAUAAACCAAUCCGCCCAAGAGAAACGGUCCAGUCUCCAGCAAAAGAAUGUGAAAAUAUGAUGAUGAAUGGCCCCAAACCUGAACCUCCAACCACCGAGACACUUCCAUCGCGCGGUGUGUUGAUGGUAAACAAGAGCAGACAAUCCUCUGUGUUUAUGGAAGACAGCUCUUCACAAAGCAAACCUCAAAACACCGAAAAACAGACUAAGAAACUAGAGAUGAAAAAUGUGCAAACUGAGUUUGCAUCUGAAGAGGAACUUGUGCAAUACCUGAUUAAAACCUACAGUGAAAUGGUGACAAAUGGGUGUGAGAAUUUCUAUCUCUCGGCCCAGAGCCUGGUGCUUGUUCCAUUACAUUUUCUCAAGGAUCAGAAGGUGGAAAACCCUCAGGAGAGAUGUGUUGAGCUGUUGGAGAAAGGCGUGGUUAUACCUGUCAGUUCUUUGAGAGAGAAACACCAGAAAGAAGAUAACAAAAUCCAGAAUCAAACAGAAUUACAGUUGCAGACUGUGUUAAGGUUUGAGAUUCUGUCAGUGCUACAGCAGGGUGACCAGUCCCUGACAGAGGAGGACGAUAAACUGAAUGAGAUUGUUGCAUUAUUGAGGACACUGAGCUUUAUAACUGACCCAAAGUCUCUCACUGACUUCAUGAAUAGUAGCCUUGUUGAGAAUUACAUACACACACUACCUCAGACUCUGGGCAAUGUUUAUGAUGAACUGAUGCAACCUCUCCCUGCAGCCUUGGAAGCAAUUAUGUCACCUGACAAUAGUUUUGACCAAUCAGUGUUCAGUAAAUCCCUAAUGGAGGCUGAGCUAGACAAGAGCGAGGCAACUCCAUUAUCGCAACCUCCAUCAACCUCAGAGGUGGCACCUAAAUCAAAUGAUCUAUCCACUAACAAAGCUAGAACUAAGAAAAUUAUGCAUCACCCAAGUUUGUCAGAUAUAGGGUCUCAACGACAGAUAUUUGUGCUCUCUGCUAAACCAAAGGAGCCAACAUCCUCUAGAAAGAGAAGAAAAUCCAAAAGAGAUUUGGUGAAGCAGUUUAAGAACAAGACAAAGUUAGAGAGAAGACAGUCUGUAGCAGUGAUGGAGACCAUCAAGUCACCCAAGGGAGGAAAGCGGCCAUCUUCUCAGAUCAAGAGCUCCAAAAGUGGAUACCUGAUGUCCCCACCCUUUAAAUCACCAGUCAGAAAAACCCUCGUAGCAGAAACACCCUCACAUAAACAGAAGAACUCGGCCAUGUGGAAGCGACAGGAGGCAGAGAGGAGGCGAUCCCAGAGCAACACGUCAGUCAAGGUGGUGGAGGAAUCGCCCCUCAAGUCAGAUAGACCAUCACUUCUAAGCCCAUCCCAGAACAAGCGUGCUCUUCACAAAGUCCGCCGGUCAUUUUAUUCAUCAUCAGCAGGACCUUUAGUAAGGUCAAGGUCCCUGACCCAGGCCAAUGUUGACCUUGGAGAUAGAGUAGCUGGAAGAACCAGAGACAACUCAGGGACACUGAACAGCAUUCUGAAAAAGCCCCCAUGUCAGUCUGCUCUCUUCAAGUCCCCUGAUAGAAACUCUUCCUUUUUGCUUUCACAGUUGAUGGGAAGCCCAACUCCACACAAAAGAGGCUCCAAGACGCCAGGAAAAGGAACUCCCCAGAAAGUGAUUGCUGAGUCUCCCAGCAUGAACACUAGAUCUAGGUCACCAUCUGUCUCCAAAGGAUUUCCCAAAGCUUUGUUCCAGGAGAGUCCAAGCUGUCGAAAAAGUCACUCCAAAAUUGUCAGACAUUCUCCACAGCAAAAGGAAUCUGUUGUAAAAGAUGAGGAAAAGACUGUAUCAUUCUCCAACACUCCUCAAAAAUCUUCUGCUGUGUUAGUUGCAGAGUCUCCUAGUCAGAAUACAAGAUCCAAAAGUUUGGUGACACCUACAAGAAAAUCUGUUAGAGCCAUUUUGUUUGGAAAGAGUCCAGAGGGAAAACCUGGAGAGGAAAUCAGAAAAACUCCAUCAAAAUCAACCCCAAGAGCUCGGCGAUUAAUUUUAAGUAAAACGCCAGUGAAAAGUCAGAAAUCUGCUCAACAGAACACAGAAGAAGGAGAACAAUUAGCUAAAAAAUUAAAUGAUGAAGAAAAAGAUGUAUCUAAUUGUGCUGCAAAAUCAGCAGCUACUGGUGAUGAAACUCAAGAAGUCAACAGUAAAAAGUCACCGGAAAAGUGUAAAACACCUUCUCCAAAAAUCCAAAGGAAAAUUCGAACACCCAGUUCUCUCAAUCAUUGGCAGAGAAGGAAGAGAGGAAGGGAUGAGAGCUUGGUGUCUCCAAAAGUGCUAGCAAAGAGGUUUAGAGCUUCUCAAGACAGCCAAGAAAGUGUAAUUAGUGAAGUAAAUAGCUGUGAACAGGAAGGGGACAAUAAUAUGAUUUUUGCAUCACUGUCUCAGGAAGAAGGACAAAUAAAUAAGAAAAAGAGAGCACUUGAUAUAACAGAGGACACAUCACUGAUAUUCUCUCCAAGUAAAAGAAAGCGAACAAUGAUACACUCUGAGCAGCGUAUGUUAAGAACUUCAUACUGCCUUCACAACAGGAUAUCCAGUGAAAGAAUAAUAUCGAUGGGAUCUUUUGCCAGCGGUACCAGUGAAGGCUUCGAUACAACAGACCUCCAAGCAUCCCAGUCCAGUAGCCUAGGGUUCCAUUCACAGACAAGCAGACUGUCACAGGCAAGCACAUCCUCUGUGGAACUUUCCCAUACCAAUGACGAUGUGUUCUUGUCUCAGAUUCAGGGUCAGGACCAGGACACUAAGGAACCAGGGGUCAGCGAUUCACCAGUGUUUGGGUCGGGGAAAAACACCAGGAAACAGGAAGUGUCAGCAACUGAGAGCGGAAGUAGUUCUGGACAAAAGGUUUCGCCGACCGGGAGGAAGUACUCGCCCAAUGUGACCGCUAAAAGUCUUAUGCAUCUAAUGAACUCUCCUCUGCUGAGUCUGGACAAGGUGGAGAAAAGUCCACACGUUAAUAGGAAUGUGGCUAUCGUCAAACAUCAUAGACCUCGAUCAAGACGGUCUCUAAAUCUCCAACAGUAAAAAUGUCCACACGGUUUAAUAAAAAGUGCUCAUUCAUUGCAAAUAAUUGCUCAUUUGUACCUCCACCAAGUAGUGAAUAUGUGAAUCAUUACCAAAUGAAUUAUAGGGAGAUCAUAAACUUGUCUAAAACUUUAAAUAGGGAUGCUAGCAUUACAGCUAUAAUGCAACUUUUAUAUUAAUAUAAAUUGUGUAUGUCCUGGUAUUUAUAAUGUAGAUUAUGUAUACAAAUAUUUUAUCUGCUUAUAAUAAAGAGAAAUUAUAAUUGUUAUC